UCUCAUUCUCUCUGCGUCCGAGAGUCAUAUCGAGCACACAUACAGCACAGGGGUGUAUUCCCGUUUUCAUUGUCAAGUUAUUAUCGACGAUGGUAACUUGGAAAAAGCUCGUGGCGGUGGAGUUGGUAGCCUAGUCGAUCGUCGUCGUCGGACGAAUUGAAAAAGUAGCAGCGUAUAAAGUUAAUAAUAUAGCCGCAAGAAGAAAAGGAAUACGUGCUGUAUAUAUAAAAGCACAAAACGCAACUACACAAGCCUGUGAGCUGCUGCUGCCUGCCUGCCUGGAAGUUUGUCGAACCCCCUUGUGUGUCUGUGAAUGUCCGUGCGUGUAUGUUUCUCGCGCAAGCAGUGCUUCGCGAUAUCGACGAAUAUACGAGUUUCGCUGGUUGCUCUCGUUUUUACUUUUCUCCCUUGUACAUAAGCUCCUGCGACCAAGAGGCGAAUCUACCGACAUAAAUAAGUUGCGAUACUCGUGCGUCCGCUGCGAUCAUCAUGGCAAAACGUCGCGUCUCGACGACGUCGGCCAGUAGCGCAGCAGCCACCAGUGCAAAUGAAAUGAUCGUCGAAGCUUCUACCGCUUCUGUGAUUCCGUCGCGCUCGUGCAAGGUUAUUGUCGUAGAAGAGGCGACGACGAUGACGACGAAAUCGAGAAUGGGCCGAGCCGCGGCAGCGAGCAUCAGAGAGUCAUCAGCAGCAGCCACGAGAUAAUCUGCCGCAGCUGCAGAGAGCUCUCAAUCAUCGUACACUCGAAUGCCCAUACAAAUGACGUUGCUCUGUCUCCAGCUCCAGCGCUCUAUUACCACACACCGCUACGAUAACUGCACUGCUACUGCUGCUGCUAACUAGCUAUACUGGGCUUUAGAUACACACCGCUGAGAUUCGAAAAAUCAGAAAGCUGUGAAAAUGUCGAAGAUUAUUAGCAGUUGUUGCAUUCUCGCCAUUACUGCUGCUAAAACUACUUCUAAAACUACUACUACUACCACUACUACUAUUACUACUACUGCUAGGAAUACUACUACGACUCGUGAUUAUCGUGCAGGCAGUGAAUCAAAAAAGUUGCGUUGCACGCGCCGACGUCUCUGCGGCAGGCUGCUGUCGACGGACGCCUUUUCUUCUUCUUCUUCUUCUUCUUCUUCUUCAUCUUCUUCUUGUUCUCGUCGCCUAGUGCUACUGAAGCAGCCGAGGCAUGUCGGACUGUGAAAAUAGCUAACAGCUUUCGGCCCGUUAGUUAUUUACAAAAAUUAUAUUUAUUAAAUUGAAAAUAAAUACAAAAUUCAAGGGAGGUGUGUGACGUGCGAAGUGUCGCGGAGUUAUAUACGAGUUCUGUUGUGUGUCAUUAUUUGUUCCACAACGACGAUGCAACAGGGCAAACAGAACUCGAUCGGUUCUGGUACGCAAGACAGCCACCAGUACGUCGGGCCCUACAGGCUUGAGAAGACCUUAGGCAAAGGCCAAACGGGUCUGGUGAAGCUGGGCGUGCACUGCGUGUCGGGCAAGAAGGUGGCAAUUAAAAUAAUUAAUCGCGAGAAGCUGUCCGAGUCGGUGUUGAUGAAGGUCGAGCGCGAGAUCGCCAUAAUGAAGCUGAUCGAUCAUCCCCACGUGCUCGGCCUCUCCGACGUUUACGAGAAUAAAAAAUAUUUAUAUUUGGUGCUAGAACACGUCUCUGGGGGAGAACUAUUCGAUUAUUUAGUUAAAAAAGGAAGGCUUACUCCUAAGGAAGCUCGAAGAUUUUUCCGUCAAAUUAUUUCAGCUCUUGACUUCUGCCAUAGCCAUAGUAUUUGUCAUCGCGACUUGAAGCCCGAAAAUUUGCUCCUGGACGAGAAGAACAACAUAAAGAUAGCCGACUUCGGCAUGGCCUCGCUGCAGCCCGCCGGCUCCAUGUUGGAGACCAGCUGCGGAUCGCCGCAUUACGCCUGUCCAGAAGUAAUUAGAGGAGAAAAGUACGACGGCAGACGAGCCGACGUCUGGUCGUGCGGCGUGAUACUCUACGCCCUACUCGUCGGCGCGCUGCCGUUCGACGACGACAAUCUGCGCCAGCUGCUAGAAAAAGUCAAGCGCGGCGUGUUCCACAUACCGCACUUCGUUCCUCCAGAUUGCCAAAACCUCUUGCGGGGUAUGAUCGAGGUCAAUCCCGAAAAAAGACUAACGCUUUGCGAGAUUAAUCGUCACGUGUGGAUAACCGCCGCCGGCAAGGGCGAACUAGAGCUUGAACAAUCUAUGAUGGAUGUAGUACAAACCCACGUUAUUCCGUCCGAAGAUGCAAUUGAUCCCGAUGUCUUGCAAGCCAUAUCGAGCUUGGGCUGCUUCAAAGAGAAAGACAAACUCAUCAAGGAGCUUCUAAAUCCAAACCACAAUACCGAAAAGGUCAUUUACUUUUUGUUACUCGAGCGUAAGCGCAAGAGGCCCGCCUACGAGGACGAGUUGGAAUUCGUGAAGAACAAUCCUCGGAGCGCGGACACCCACCAGGAGGAUCCGCCUAAGAAGCGCAUAGAUAGCUGUAGACUAAACGGCAAUAGUUCUCUAAAUUUAGGUCAAAUAAGUCAGGGUUCGCCUUUAACGCCCAGAAGACAAUCGAGCACUAGGCCGUCUUCUCGUCGAUCGAUAAGCAACGUGCACAUCCACGUGGCGCAUCAAUUGACGCCGAACAGCAAUAUAUCGUCGCUGGCCGCGUCGCACUUCGGCGGCUCCCAGAAGGAGGUGUCCUCGUCCGCCUACAACGCCUCCUCCACCGAGAUGAUGCUGCAGGCCGCGGCCAACAACAGCAACUCGGCGUCGGCGGCCCAACAGCGACGCUCCAGCGCCGAGCUGUCCAACAGCAAUCACUGCUCGUCGCACAACACGCUGCUGCUGCCCUCGGCGCUGAGCAGCGGCGGCGAGUCCGAUGGCAAUCAUCAGCUCCUCGCGGCGGGCAACAAGUUGGUGGACAAGCUGAUGAUGCCACCGCCGCAGCUGAUGCCGGAUGGAUCGCUGGCGUCCACGGGUGGCGGUGCCGCGGCUACUAGCAGUGGUGGCGCGGGUGGUGGUACCUCGGGCGCGCAUCACUGGAGAUCGCGACUGAACACCAUCAAGAACUCCUUCCUGGGCAGUCCGAGAUUUCAUCGUAGAAAAUUAUUGACCAGCACGGAUGACGUCCAUCUGACUCCCGAAUCGUCGCCGGAACUGACCAAGCGCUCCUGGUUCGGAAAUCUGAUGACCACGGAGAAGGACGAGACGUUCACGGUGCUGGUCAAGGGCAAGCCGCUGGUGGCGCUCAAAGCCGAUCUCAUACACACGUUCUUGUCGAUAUCCGAGCUGUCGCACAGCGUCAGCUCGCCCAUGUCCUUCAAGGUCGAGUACAAGAGGAGCAACGCCGGCCCCACCAUGUUCCAGAGACACGUGCGAUUUCAGGUGGACAUCAACGAGAUCUCCAAGGGCUCGUCCGAGACCCUGUUCGCCGUCACUUUCACACUGUUGACCGGCAACAUACGACGAUUCAGGCGACUUUGCGAGCACAUUCAAGCGCAAGUGUGCGGCAAAAGUACGAUACACUUCGGAUCGUCGUGUAAAACGUCGUCGUCGAGUCCGCGCACGUCUCGCAAGCACUCGCUCGACAUGAGCGAGAGUUCGAGCUGUGGGAGCGACACGAGCGAGAGGCUCAUGACACCUUCGCAGCAGAUCUCGAUUCCCGUCGACUCCGAAACCACGGACGACCAGUCGCCGCGGCCUGCUUUAGAAAAAAAGUCCGUGAGUCAGGGUGAGACGGUUCGUCAGACCUCGUCGUUCGCCAGUCAGAUAGUCGACGCAGACGAGCAGCAGCAGCAGCAGCCACAGACGGCGACGACGACGACGACGACAACGUCGCCGACCAGUAGCUCGGAGAAGAGCGAAAACGCUUUAAACAAAUGUAUAAAUUCCCAGAGCGGAAGCGAUGUAAAAUGAUAUUACGCGCUGCGCUUGAGUUACCAAAACAGUAUGCUUAUUUCAUUGUGAAUUUAAAAGUAAAAAUGAGAUUGUUAUUGAAAUUUUAUUAUUAUCCAUUACAUUAUAUGUAUUUAUCAAAUUUUUUAUUGAACGUUAUAUUGCAACGGCUUUAUUUGUGUAUAUUAUUUGCGUAAACAUAAAUGAUAAUGAAGAGAAAGGGAGAAUAAGGAAUGUGUAAUAACAAUAGCGUAAUUGUACUCUAUUUGUUGAAUUUUUAAGGAUUCAGUUCAGAAAAAUCGAGUAUCGAGCAAUUUUAUUCAAUCGAUUAUAUAAAAUAUUAUAUUUCUCAUACGAAAUAAAUUUUUUGUACAAAAUAAAAACAAAACGAUAUCUACGAAAAUUUCUAAAUAAGUUUAACAAUAAGAUCAUUUUAUUGUAUAUUUAUAUAUUCACGCAUAAAAAUAUAAGAAUUAUAUAUUCACACGGAGAGUCCUCAAAGAAAUGAAACGCUUUUAUAUAGGAUAGAUGUAUUUCUGUUUUCAGUCCUAUACUUAUUAUACAAUAUAUUAACACGAAAACAAAAAACAAAAAUAUGUCACAUUAUAUUACGGAGCAGAUAAUUUUUGAAACGCUGUUUUAAUACAAUUGAAUGUGAGCAAAAGACAAAUAGCUUCAACGUAAUUGUAUACGAUUUAUAAAUGCAAUAAAUAAAUAAAAAAUAAAAAAUAAAAUGGGGCGUACGACAAGAACGUCAGUGAAAUGCAAAAUGGUACUUGCCAAAAUUUGGGCUCCUCUCGAGCUACGCUUUCAGUUAAAAUAAAAUUUGUUAAAUGAGCAGAGUCCCACGAAAA